AAAUGAGAACAAUAUAACAGUAACUGUGAAAGUCUUUGUUAAUAUAAACGAGUAACCACGUGAAGAUUUACGACACAGAAUUCAAUGAAUGACUCUUAGACGGUGAACGUUCCCCAAUCAUACUUCUUACAACAAUAAUGAUAAAAAUGCUAUUUUACUAUAGAACUCUAAACAAUGUUCAACUUUAAUUGUUAAUUCCAUACUCAAUUAGUCGGAUUUACUUUGAAGAUACCGGAUGUUAAUCCGUGAGUCACCCCGAAAUUCUUUGGGUCAUUGCAGGCAGAAAACUUUCCCAAAGUCCUUCACAUCUUCAUUAACGUCGAUUAUCACGACAGGAAGCUCGUUUCUGUUUCCACGGCAACGCGGCGUCGGCGUUUCUCGUGUCUACGGGAAGGCGGAACCACAGAGAAACCACGGCUCCUCGAUUCGCGAUCCGCCUGUGGGCGUCCUUGAUGAUUCGGAGAUGGUAAGGAGAGCUCGGCUGGAGCAGCCAUUUCAGGACGGAGUCUACUACCCCUACAGCAGUGACACCCAGGGGAAUCAUUCAUCAGCAGGGAUCCCAUCCCUGUUGAACUCCCCACUCAGCCAGCACUCUGUAAAGAUCCACUCUGCACCAGGCAUGGCUCCAUCCGGUGCGCCACCCACCAUUCUGCCUUUCAGGUUCCGCCAGCGUAGGGAGAGCGUAGACUGGCGGCGAAUUCACGCUGUAGAUAUUGAUCUGGUGAUUAGCCAGCUAGAUGUGGAUGUCCUCCAGGAGCACAUAAGCACCGUAACCUUCUGCAGCUUGGAUGGGGAGCGUUGUCAACGCUGUCAGAGCCCUGUGGACCGAGCGCUCAUCAAGAUCCUCCAGUUGGCCCAGCUCACAGUCGAAUGGCUCCUCCACUGUCAGGAAUGUCUCACGCUCAAUCUGCAAGCAGCGGAGGAGAGGCUGGCGAGCACCAACAUGCAGCAGGAGCAGCUACUGGCUCAGUUGAAGAAGCAGGAGGAGAGCAUGACGGCGAUGACGGCCGAGCUCAAGAACAGGAGGAAGAUCAUACGCAAACAGCAAACCCUAUUUGCCCCACAAAUCACCAACAACAGUCAAAAGUGCACAUUUUGUAAAAAGAAGUUCCUCACCACUUCAUUUCUUCAGAGUCACAUGCAGCGGCGCCACCCUGAUGAGAAUGAUAUGCAGUUACAAUUAAACAGUGAGGAGAAAUCUCAGAUCAAAACCCUGAAAUUGGAGAUGAGUAGUCUGAAGGAGCAGAUUGUUCAACAGCAACAAACAUUGGAAUCCAAAACAGCUGAGAAUCAAAGGCUGCAGCGACACAUAGAAGAGAGCGAGCUACAGAUGCGAGAGAGCGAGAAGAAAUCUCAGAUUGAAAGCCUCAAAUUGGAGAUAAAAAAUUUGAAGGAUCUUAUUCAACACCAACACAUUACACAAGCAAGAUCAGCAGAGGACGAGAAGCAGCAGCUCAAGGACAAAGACCUGCUAAAAGAACUUGAUCAUUUUAAAGCAGUGGAGAUGGUGCAGAUACAAGCCAUUCAAAAACUGGAGCAUCAGCAGAAGCAGCAGGACAAAAAAUGGGAGUCCAGGCUGGGGAAAAUCAACACUCUUCAUGAGUCAGAAAAGAGCGAUUUGCAGAAAGAAUUGAACAGAUUGCAGUCGACCAUGUUGGAGCACCAAGAGCACAGCAAGAGGCAGCUGCAGGAGAUGCGAAGGAAGUUGCAAGAGAAGGAGCAAACCAUCCAGGAUCAGAGGGAGCAGAUACUGAAUACAUCUUCAAAUCCACCCACUAAAGUACUGAAAGUACCAGUGUUAGUAAAUGCACCAGCUCCAGAGCCAAAACCAAAGAAAGUUGUACUUGAGGAGCUCAUCUCUCUUGCUCAGCUGGAUCCAAUUCAAGAGCUGUCAGAAGAGGAGGAAGACUUGACCACCAUCCCUGAGAAGAGGCCGGUGGAGAAAAAGCUUGAACCUCGUCCAGAGAAGAAACUCCGGGUGUCCGUCAAAAGGAACCCCAACAAGACUGAAAUCAAGCAACAUCUCGAGCAGCUUGUAAUGACAAAGCUGGAGAGACUGGGAGUGAAGCCAGAUCAGAGAAAACUGAAGGCCAAAGAGCUCAGGUCCAUUCUUGCUAAUAUACACACAAAGCAACAGAGCCUUGCAAAGAAGUUUCCGGACUAUUGGCACCAUCGUGCGGACAUAACGAACACGUUGGAGCGGAAGUUGGGCUUGAAGAGGAAGGACGGCAAUCUCCAGUCUCCAGACAAAUCCAGACACUCUGUUCAGGUGUUGCAGAUGCGUCCUCGAUCCAGCAGUCUACCCUCCAGAGCUUCGCGGGGCACUUCUGAAGCUUUUGCCCGACAAGCCAAGACCCCGCAACCUGCACCGAGAGUCAGGAUCUCUGUCCAACCAAAGACGUCGACACCCAGCCGCAGAGCUGUUCAGAAAGAACACUCUCCCAAGACGCCGCCUUUCAGUUCUUUUGUGGAUUCAGAAGACGAGGAUACAGACAUGGAGGACACUGAGUCUCCUCAACACCAAUGGGGCAAAACUUCACAAGCCAGAAUAAAUAAGGAGGAAGCAGUUCAAAUCAGUGCAAGAAAAUCCAAUUUGAUCCAGACGAGACCGGCUGCGGCUGUGCUUGCAUCCUCCAAAAGCCAUCCCGCUGGUGACGCGACCAAGACGGCGGUCAUGAAAUUAGAGAAUGGCAAUGAUGACGAGGACGAUGAGGAUGAGUUGUCGGAUGUCAGUGAGCUACAAGAGAUUGACUCGAGGCAGCUCCAGAGUUUCAAAGAGCAGAAUGGCAAUGUGGAAAAGACAAACUUUGCGAAAGAAAACAAAGUCACUGACCUGGCCCGAAAAAUUGAGAGUCAGAUUGCAAAUAAAGCGACAAAGAAACCGGUCGGGGGCGUGAGCAUCUUGCCAAAGACCAAUGAUGAGGUUCAGGAAUUCUUGUCCUCAGAUCUGGAGGAGAGCAGCGAAGAUGCCGAUUCCUCUUUUGAGGAAGAACGAGGAAAGUUGAAACCACCUCGCAACUCUGGAACAACAAUGAGGAGCCAGGACUCAGUUAGCACGAGUGUGUGGGACUCCUCCACAGGAAAAGACACUUCCAUGGGAAAGGCUCCCAGAUCAGGUUUGACUGAAGCUGGAACUGGGAGCACCUUGAAGAGCAGUCUGUGUUACCUCAGCGACAUCUGUGACUCAGAGGAUUUUAACAAUUAGCAAAAAUUACACUCCUGUUCAUGCAGAAGCAGCCGCAAACAAGAAAGACGCCCCCUUGUGUAGGCUAUAGCCACACCUAACAUCAGUGGGCACACAAAACCUGGAACCUCAAGUCCAUACAUAGAAAACAAACUCGGCAAAAGCGUGUAUGUAAGCAAAGCGUAGCAUUUUCAAUAUCACCUCAUCCCUGUGCAAAGUAUAUUUUCCAUUGUUCAUUUUCAGAUUUUCAUACCGUAUAUCUGGUACACAUUAAGUGCUGAGCAAAAUUAUUAAACCAUGUGUCAAGAAAUAUCAGGAGAAAAGCAAUAUUUUAGAAAUCUUUCAAAAGUAUGUUUACAGUGAAAACUGAUUUGAUUUUCUAUUUUAAACAGGAAUGAGUUGUUUUGUGACAUUCAACCACUCCUGCUGUUUAGUUCUGCUCAAGAACAAAUACUAAUGUGCUUUUCUGUUUUUUUUUCACUUUCUUUGCAUAAAGCUUAUUCAUGUAUAACCUUUUUGUAAUAUUCUAUCAUUAAUAAUAUGAUAUUGUUGAUAUUAUGAAUCAUCCGAGUUACAGAGCUUCUGCAUACUGAUAAACCUUUACAAAUAUUUAUACCGUAAAUACCUCACACUGGGCAGUGUGUGGUGGCGUAAUACAGUUGUUGAACACUUUGUGUGACAUCACUUGUUUAUAAUUCUUUAUUAAAUUAGUAUUUUUCUAUAGAGAAUAUUUUUACAAUAUGUAUCGAUCGACUGAGGAGUACAUGUCUGUUAAGAAAGCUAAAACUGUUUCAAGAA